AUGUCGGCUUCCACCCGCCCAGCCACACGCCCGCGCCGCAUCGACGACGCCCUCUCCCAACUAGUCGACUCGCUGACCCCCGCGCUCCCGCUCUCCGCCAUCCCCCAAGACCACGAUUACUCUGACGACGAAGAAGCCCUCGCCGCUGCUGAGGAAGACCGCCACCAUGCCCAGCUCGACCGCGUCUGGCGCAUCAUCGACGCGCACUCCGCCAACGCCGCAGGCCCGGGCUCUCCGGCCGGCCGGCGCGGCAGCUUCGUCGGCGAGAGCGUCAACAACGCGCCAGAUCUGAUCAAGCGUAAGCUACGGCGUGAGAACGCCAGUCCGGACAAGGUGGUGCGGUUCUCGAACCUGUAUACGCGCCUGCUCACGCAGCCCGUGCUCUCACAGAAAUGGGGUAUCUUGUACCUGCUCUACAAGCUGGGCGAGACCGGAGCCGGGGUCGAGGACGGCGAGCCCGUCGAGCGCAGCCGUAGUCCACUCAUGGACGACGGUAACCUGCACAAUAUGCUUGGUCGGCGUGCGGGGCGGCCGCGCCGUGGGACGAUCGUUGAGUCGGAGGACGAUGAAGGUCCUGCCGUGAGCUCGUCUGCGUCGCAGCAGCCGCGUAUGUCGCGCGAACUGAAGGCAGAGCGCCCGAGUUCGCUGCGCAGGGAUUGGGAGGGGUCUACGGAGCGGGCAAGCGCGAGCCGGGCUAGUCACCACGAGGCCCGGGAUGAGGGCGAAGAUAUAGCGUCGCCGACUGAGACGCCCGGCAGCGCUGCUCGCUCGGCGGAACUUGUUGAGUAUAGGCUUUUGCGGGAUCUCCCGUUUAAUUUGCAGGGAUUGUCGUCGACAAAUUUGCAGUUCCAGUCGUCGUCAGUGUUGAAGUUGCCGCCGAAUCUGCCAGCGCCGAUUGUCUCGCUCCUGAAUGCCCUGGCAGAGCCGUGUUUGCUUUAUAAGGAGCUUGCUGGGUUUGUGGAGGGAGUAGAGGGAGGACUGGUGAGUCAGAGUUUGAGGGCUGCCAUUGCGAAUGAGUUGCGCUCGUAUUUGGCCUUGGUUGCGACGCUGGAGGCGGAGAUUCGGCAGGCCUUGGCUGCCAUUGGGGAUGCGAGUGGGAUGAACGGUGUGAGGAAGGGUGGUGUUACGUUGAAGAGGUGUGUGGUGUGGACGAGAGAUGCGACAAUGGCACUUAGGUUGAUGAGUCUGAUUGUUGAGGAAGCUCGAGAGAAAAAGGGAGGGCAAUUAGUUUCCUUGAUUCACGGCUUCUCAUCGUCCCAUGGUGAUCCGUUCGUCGGCGCCUUUGCGGAGAAGCUUCUUGUCCAUGUUACCCGUCCAUUUUACGACAUGCUCCGAUUAUGGAUCUACGACGGCGAGCUGUCGGAUCCGUAUAAGGAGUUCUUCGUUGCAGAGCCAGAUCACCGGACCAGCACCGACCCCCGGCGUAUUGCGACGAGCGUCUGGGAAGACAAGUAUAAACUGGACGACGACAUGGUGCCUUCAAUUAUCACCCAGGACUUUGCCAAAAAGGUCUUUUUGAUCGGAAAGUCUCUGAAUUUCAUUCGAUAUGGCUGCGGGGAUGCUGCAUGGGUGGAAGCUUAUUCUAAGGAAGCGUCGAAAGAGCUGCGAUAUGGCGACACAGCUACACUGGAGACGUCUAUUGACGAAGCCUAUAAGACUACAAUGGCGCGACUGAUCUAUCUUAUGGACGACAAGUUCAAGCUUUUCGACCACCUACGGGCUUUGAAGAAGUACCUCUUGCUGGGACAAGGUGAUUUCAUCGCUCUACUCAUGGAGUCGCUGGCUUCGAACCUGGACCGCCCCGCAAACUCACAGUACCGCCAUACCCUCACGGCGCAGUUGGAACAUGCCAUCCGCGCUUCCAACGCGCAAUAUGACUCGCCAGACGUGCUCCGCCGGCUGGACGCACGUAUGCUCGAGCUCAGCCACGGCGAGAUUGGCUGGGACUGCUUCACUCUGGAGUACAAGAUCGACGCCCCCGUUGACGUGGUCAUCACUCCCUGGGGGUCAACACAAUACCUGAAGGUAUUCAACUUCCUCUGGCGCGUGAAGCGCGUCGAGUUCGCCCUAAGCAGCACCUGGCGCCGUUGCAUGACCGGCGCACGAGGCGUGCUGGGCAGCGUGGACGACAAGGUAGGGCCAGACUGGAAGCGGGCGCGCUGCGUCAUCGCCGAAAUGAUUCACUUCGUCUGCCAGCUACAGUACUACAUCCUCUUCGAGGUGAUCGAGUCCAGCUGGGACCAGCUGCAGGCCGCAGUCUCGAAACCGGGUUGCACGCUCGACGACCUCAUCGAAGCACACACCAACUACCUCAACUCAAUCACUCACAAGGGCCUGCUGGGCUCGACCUCGACCUCUCGAUAUGGCGUUUCUACCUCCGCCUCCGCCAAGCAGCCUGAGGAAAGUUUCCUCAGCCAGCUUCACCAGAUCCUCAAGAUCAUGCUCGCGUACAAAGAUGCCGUGGACGGCUUGUACUCUUUUUCCGUUGCAGAAUUCACCCGUCGCCAGGAACUGAGUGCAAAGAUCGAGACGCGCACCGCACAGGGCCGCUGGGGCGUCACGGAUCGUGACAUGCAGCCGCGCCGCGCGAAUAGCCGCCCCGGCGCAUCAAUAGCGUCGACACCGGAUGUCCGGCCCGCCAGCGCUGGACCCGACAGCAUCGACACCCCAUUUUCGCUCUCGGCGCAGGACCUGGCCGCGGACGACAACAUGCUGGCGUCGCUGCGGGUACGACUCCGUGAUCUUUCUGCCGAGUUCCGGUCCCGCUUGAAUAUCCUCCUGGGCGAUCUGGCCUACCAGCCUGACGUGGACAUGCGCUUCCUCGGCGUCGUGAUGAACUUCAACGAUGUUUACGAGCCUGCCCGGCGCCGACGGGCGACGGGGCCUAGCUCGCGGGAUAAAGAAAAGGAGAAGGAGAAGGAACGGGCGAAGCGCAAGGCUGCUGCUGCUGCUGCUGCUGGCACUGCUGGCUCGGGUACGGAAUCGAAUAUAUCUCGAGAGAUGCGGCAAGAGCGAAACACUGGUGGUCCCGAGCUUGGGAAUGGUAAUGGGAAUACCUCCGCAACAUAG